AUGCUGUCUUGUGGUAGCAAUGCAGCCCCUGACACGCCACUGGUUGGUAAGAGGUUGAAAAUGUAUCCGCAAGCUCGUAAAAGACUCGCCUAUGAGACUUUCCGGGAGAAGCGCGCGUCAUUGACGGAGUUGCAACGACCAACCACGGGGACCCAAACGACUCCAUUGGAGAAGCCAAUGCAUGAUGGAGAUAAUCGGAUGGCGAACCAUUUGCAGCGGGUAGACCCAUUCGAGAGCAGUGCUCCGUCCACUUUGAUGGAGCCGACGCGUGACCGUGCACCAGACUCGUCGAAAGUCUCAAAGAGCAAAAGUUUUGCUCUGCAUAACAUUGAUCUGGAUGAGAUACAGAUCCCGGAGAUGCAUGAAGGUGUGUGUCGUGUUUUUUGCCAGCCCAAGUUAUGGUCGCCUGCAUUUGCUUCGCCUGGUGAUUUUACGAUUAAGAUGGCUUCGGUGUUUCAAAACCAUGGAGAAGUCUGCUUUUGUAUUGCAACAAUGUGUUGCUGCGCUAGAUCCAUUUGUGAUGACUCGCGCGUCAAGCCAGCCACAAAGCGACAGUACUAUAUCUCAUACACUGAACGAACGCAACGAGAGGUUGCCAAGCUGACGGAAGCACUGUCGCUUCAGUACAUAGGACAUUGUUUAGCGGAUAAGAUGCCCACGUAUAGACCACGUCUCAUCCAAAAGCAACGAGCUCUAGAUGAAUACGGUGAGCAAGUGAUUCAGUUCCUGAGCUUUGUAAUGCAGAUCACCGCAACGGGGUUAAACAGACUUGUGACGCUCAAAGAGCCCGUGUCGAGCAAUGUACGGGUCCGCGACUUUCUAGGUCUAGCGCUGGGUUUUGGUGAGCAGACAAUCGUCGCAACGAGCUCAUGUGACGCUCGAAUUGAACGACAAGACGGCGGCAGUCGACCGGUACUUCCACGCGCAUGGCUUGAUGUCGACCCGAAUACAUCGUUAGAUGUGAGUUGCUACGGGAAAUGGAACGCCAUGAAACGUACUCCAUCCAGCCACCCACAUGACAACGGCAACGUUUGCAACGACUUUGGACCGCUAAUGCGGUCGCGUAGUCUCAAUUGGUCGGGUGCUGCCAAGUGUGUUCGCUUUAUUGACCCUUGUUACUGGUUUAAUGAGAUACAAAAUGACGGAUCGUUUACUGUGGAGAUAUCCAGUGUGUCAGUCAUGGAUGGCGUGGCCAAAUAUGCCAUCACUGUGCUCUUCUUCGUCGAUGGAGGUUUGGAAAUGACGACUGUCAAUCGUCGGUACUCUGAGUUUGACGCGCUAUCACUGACACUCGAGACAAAAUUUCCUUCUCUUCACACUCGUCAGUGGUUUCCACCAAAGACUUUCUUUCGAUACCUUUCAGCCAGUUACCUCGAGCGUCGAGCAGCCCUUUUGCAACUCUUUUUGGAGCGUGCGCUUUCUCUAAGCUAUAGAGGAGCGUUUAAUGAGAAAUUUCCACUCACAGCAGAGAUAAAUGUGCGCGACUUCCUCAAGCUUCCUCCUGUCGAUUGGAUCGUGGUUCCGUUGACCAAACUGUCGGCCACUUCAAAAGCAGCGCAAGAGGAUAUUCGCACGAAUUUUUCGUUAUCACCGACGGCAGCAUCCGAUUGUUCUCCAUGCUUCAAUUUGUCACCUCGACACAAUCCACGUUUCAUUCCUACUGAGUCAAUGAUACUUCAAUACGAAAAUCUACUCUUAAGACGUAGCGAUUCCAUGUAA